ACCAAAUUCUAAAAAUAAAAAAAACACCAAACCGAACAACACAAUACAAAAGAAAGAGAAAGUUUUCAUUAAGCCCUGUCAAAUGGCAAGAGAUAGCUGCUUGGCUCGUGUCACAGCCGGCGUUGCUGUCGGCGGCGCUGUUGGCGGCGCCGUUGGUGCAGUGUAUGGGACAUAUGAGGCUAUUAGGAUUAAGGUGCCAGGACUAAUGAAGAUCAGGUACAUUGGACAAACUACGCUUGGCAGUGCUGCUAUUUUUGGCCUUUUCUUGGGUGCUGGAAGUCUGAUACAUUGUGGGAAGUCUUAUUAAACACUUUUUGGUAAACUAAUUGUCUGUUUACUAAGUUCUUCUUUGAACUUAGAUGUCACAUGCCCUGGGACAGUUGAAAAGAGUGCAUAAUCAUGAUUACUUGUUUCUUCUAUGGCAAAAUUCUUUUGUGGAGUUGUAAGUUAUUUCUGACAAUGGGUGCACACCAUGGUAUAAUCAGUUGAAUUUUCUAGUGUGGCCUUUUCUUUCAAUGCAGAGCUCCUUUCAGUAAA